UUAGUUUUACUCUUCCUAUACUCCUUAAAAUAAUAAUAAUAACUACUCUCUACUCUUAUAUCUCUAAAACAGUGUAGGUAUCCCAAAGGGGUGUGUUAUGAAAACUUGAACUUUUCUAUUUUAACCAAGUAUUUUAACACUGGCGCGACACGAUUGAAUAUUACUGUUUCAUACAAUACAAUAAAAUGUUCGAUAUUGAAAGAAAAAUAAUAUAUAAAUUAUAAAUAUAAUAUUACUUAACAGUUUAGUCUGUCCAGUGAGAGAAUAUUCCGAUUCUGCUUAUGGUGACCUGGUGAAGCACAGAAGAACAGAUUUUUGUCGGGCCACGGUGGUCUUACACUCUCUAGGACUCAUCCUACUUCUCUCACCGGACGCGAUAAUCCACCCCCCGCCGGCCUGAUAAUUGAUAAGCUUUCAAUCGCCAAUUCAAUAAAGUUGUUGUACAUGGAGUCGACUAUCUAGUUAUUAUUAUAUAUUAUAACUGUGGCAAAAGCAGCUGAUCGGAAACUUGAUAACCUGUGGUCAGAUGUCUUCUGCAGCGAUUGGUAUAGGUGCUAUUAUUUUAAUUGGACUUUGGUUCUCAUCUUUUAUAUUGUGUCUUCUGUCUCUUCGAACACGACAUAGUAUUGGACCAAUUGUUUUGGUAUCUACAAUCCUUAUAACAAUUAUAUUACUUUCAAUACCUCGUAGUUCAGUAGCAACACCUAAACCAGAUAUAAAGAUUGUAGAUCCGCUAUAUGUUUGGCGUUUAGCAACUCUAAGCAUACUUUCUAUAAGUGCAGCAAUAGGAUUGGCCGCAUUGUUCUCUUCGCAUGUUAUGAGUCGUAAAACUGUGCCACAACUUAAAUCUUGGGUACUAUAAACUAUAACAUAAACAAUGUCCUUCAACCGAUUUCGUUGUUUGGAAAAAGUUCAUCAAACAACUAAGCGAUCAAUGUCAGUGGGUCGUAUCUAUCGUAAAUCAUUUACAGUAUGUGGCAGUGAAGACUUUAUACAGAAUGUAUUAAAAAGUGAUAUUCCUGUGAUUGUCAACUUCCAUGCAGAGUGGUGUGAGCCUUGUUUAACAUUAACACCAAUGUUAAAAAAGAUGGUUGGGGACUCACCGUCUGUACAUUUAGCAAUAGUGGAUGUUGAAAAGAACGCUGAUUUGGUUCACACAUUUGAGGUAAAAGCAGUUCCAGCUGUUUUAGCCAUUCGCGAUGGUCAUGUCAUUGACAAAUUUAUUGGACUCAUUGACAAUGACAUGAUCAAUGAAAUGGUAAAAAAAAUAUCUAAACCGGAAAUAUAGACAUAAUGAUAAUCAUAUAUAUAUAUAAUUGUAUAAAAGCAUUAUAUAGUGACACAUAAUAUAUUAUAUCUUUUAUUGUAGUACCUAUAUUAUUAGCUCGCUUUUAAACCAGUUUUUUAGAUAUUCAAUUUUUAAAUACUAAUUAAUUCUUAACAUGAUUAAAAGUUUGAAUAUUAUUUUGUUUAAAAUUCAAAGUAAAUUCAAUAAUUACUGUUUUUCUAGUCACUAUUAUGUUAUUUGUUUUAUAUUUCUAUUGAAAUAUUUAAUAAUAAUUUGUGUGUUUAUGUAAAUAUCAAAAAACAUGUAUUAGUAGUUUUAAUUUUUUUUUUUUUUUGAAUAUAGUAAUUUAAAAAUUGCAUUUACCUGUAUAACAUGUUAUAUAGUACUAAAGUAUUUCAACUUUGAUUAGUCACACUAAUGGACAAUGGUACAAUGUGAGACACCGAGUUCUAAUUAAUAAUUGUUUCCAAUUUUUCUUUGUUUUCUGAAUUAAUAUAAUUUUUAUCUAAAUAA